AUGACGCUGAAUACAGACAAGAUGCACAGCAUGAUGGACCUCAAGGUCCUCCUGCUCAGGAACACAGACAUAACCACCAGUUGCCACAGCAACCAGCCAUGGACUAUUCAUGAAACCCAGAGCCCUGAGGGAAGUGCUGCUGAUGACUUCCUGGAAACCCUGCUUGGUGACUCCUCCUCGGCUCCAGCCUCCCCCCUGUGGUCACCCUGCACCAUUGACAGCGGCAUCAACGAGGACGCCCCGACAGAUGCCAGAGAGAGCCUUCCCCAAACCUUCUGCACAGAUUGUCCAGAUUUUGACACGCCGUUUUUCCCUCUGCCUCUACUUCUGGAGAACGAGCCAUCACCAAAUGAAAUAAACUCUGACGUUUCCAUUGAUCUAGGCUUGGAGUCCGAUGACCUUCAAGAGCAGUUUGGCAUUGCACACUACCUCGCUACGAGCCAAACCUCCAGUCAGACUCUCACAGUGAAGGACCUGCUGCUUUCCAGCACGGGACAGAAAGCGCAGCAAAUCCCCCAGCAUUCCCUGCAGGAGCUUAUACUGAAUGAGGAUGAGAAGAAGCUUCUGGUUAGAGAAGGAGUGAACUUACCCAGCAAACUACCCCUAUCCAAGGUACAUGAGCAAGACACACACACGUAUUUUGAAGAGAGGGUUUUGAAGAAGAUCCGGCGGAAAAUACGCAACAAGCGCUCAGCUCAAGAAAGUCGGAAGAAGAAGAGGGAAUAUGUUGAUAGUCUGGAGGGAAGGAUGUCCGCAUGUAGUGCUCACAACCUCAAGCUACAGAGAAAGAUCCAGCAGUUGGAAGAGACGAACAAUGAUCUGCUGGAGCAGUUAAGCCGGCUGCAGGCUCUCCUUCCUCACGGCUCCAGCAAAACAACCCACAGAGGGACCUGCAUGCUGAUUUUGCUCCUCUCCUUCUCCCUGCUCAUCUCCUCAAAUCUUCAGCCAGACCCCUACAGCCAACCCAGCCAGGGAGAGUACACACAGACCAAAGUGCCGUCCCGCUCCCUCCAGUCGAUGGAUGAUGUGCAAGACGUCCCUUCUCCUUCUUCGUCUCCAAGGGCUUUCAGGCCCUGUGCAGGCUGA